GAUGCUGGCUGCCGCCACCCGUCCCCUCCUCGCCGGGAGCGCCGCGGCCGGGGGGCGCCGGGGGGGGAGCCGCCGGGGGGGGGGGCAGCGGCGCGGCGCGGCCCCGGGACGCUGCUGCCGGGGAGGCGGCGGCGGCGCUGCCUGGCGGAGCGCGGCGGAAGGAGGAGGAAGAGGAGGGAGCUGCGAAAAACGCGCAGCGGCCCGGGCGGGGGUGGGUCGGUGCAUGCGGCGCGGGGCGCAGGCAGCAGCCGGCGGGAGGCGGGCGGCCGGGGCAGGAGCCGCAGCAGCAGCAGCAGCAGCAGCAGCAGCAGCACCGCUCGCUGCCGGGGCCCGGGGCUGCGCGCCGCCGGCCGCACACGUGCGCGCCUCCCCCGGUGCCGCAGCGCCCUGCCGUACCCAUCACUUCUUUCUUCCCUCCUUCCCUCCCUCCCUACUUCCCUCCUCUUUUUUUUUUUUUUUUUUUUUUUUUUGGUGGCUGUGUGCGUUUUCCACCCUGCUCCGCCAGCUCGCUGAGAACAGCCUCUUUUCCGACUUACGCGACUCGCGGGUUUGUUUAUCGGUUUGUUCCCCCCACACACACCCCGUCUUAUUCUAUUUUAUUUUUUCGCCCCUCCGAAUUUCAUCCAGUUGUAGCUCCUUUUUUGUAUUAUUAUUGUUUGUUUUUUUUUUUUGUGAUUUUUUUUUUCACUGACGCCUCCUGUGCGUUUUUCGAUCGCAAGCCGUCCUUGCGGUCCGGUUUUUAACUGCAUUUUGUCUGCAGAUCUUCCCUUUGUUUGCACACAUCCCCUUGAUAUUUUUUAAUAUUUGUUUUCCCUUCGUUGUUGUUGUUGUUCGUUGUUAAAGUCACUCUUUUUUUUGGGGGGCGCUGUAUUUAAACACUUAAAAUGCACUGCUAUCUCCUGAGCGUGUUUCUCACCCUGGAUCUGGCCACCGUGGCUCUCAGCCUGUCUACCUGCAGCACCCUCGACAUGGAUCAGUUUAUGCGCAAGAGGAUCGAGGCGAUCCGGGGGCAGAUCCUGAGCAAACUGAAGCUCACCAGCCCCCCGGACGAGUACCCCGAGCCCGAGGAGGUGCCCCCGGAGGUCAUCUCCAUCUACAACAGCACCAGGGACCUGCUGCAAGAGAAAGCCAACCACAGAGCCGCCACUUGCGAAAGGGAGAGGAGCGACGAGGAGUAUUAUGCCAAAGAAGUUUACAAAAUAGACAUGCAGCCUUUUUACCCUGAAAAUGCCAUCCCACCAAGCUAUUACAGCCUUUACUUCCGAAUCGUGAGAUUUGAUGUCUCGGCAAUGGAGAAGAACGCCUCCAACUUGGUGAAGGCUGAGUUCAGGGUCUUCCGCCUGCAGAACUCAAAGGCGCGGGUCUCGGAGCAGCGGAUAGAGCUGUACCAGGUUCUAAAAUCCAAAGAAUUAUCAUCACCAGGACAGCGCUACAUUGACAGCAAAGUAGUUAAAACAAGAGCUGAAGGAGAAUGGUUGUCUUUUGAUGUCACUGAGGCUGUACACGAAUGGCUCCAUCACAGAGACAGGAACCUUGGAUUUAAGAUAAGCUUACAUUGCCCGUGCUGCACCUUCGUGCCUUCCAAUAAUUAUAUCAUCCCAAAUAAAAGUGAGGAGCUUGAAGCAAGAUUUGCAGGUAUUGAUGACUACACAUAUUCCAGUGGUGAUGUGAAAGCUUUAAAGUCCAAUAGGAAAAAAUACAGUGGGAAGACCCCACAUCUUCUGCUAAUGUUGUUACCCUCCUACAGACUUGAGUCGCAACAGCCCAGUCGGCGGAAGAAGCGUGCUCUAGAUGCUGCCUAUUGUUUUAGGAAUGUGCAGGAUAAUUGCUGCCUGCGUCCACUUUAUAUUGACUUCAAGAGGGAUCUUGGCUGGAAAUGGAUUCAUGAACCUAAAGGAUAUCAUGCUAAUUUCUGUGCAGGAGCCUGCCCAUAUUUAUGGAGCUCAGAUACUCAGCACAGCAGAGUACUCAGCUUGUAUAACACCAUAAAUCCAGAAGCUUCUGCCUCUCCAUGCUGCGUGUCCCAGGAUUUAGAACCUCUCACCAUCCUCUACUACAUUGGCAAAACACCCAAAAUUGAACAACUGUCCAACAUGAUUGUAAAAUCUUGCAAAUGCAGCUAAAGGAUUCCCCAGAAGCAGCAUGAUGUGUGUGUAUUUAAAAAAAAAAAAAAAAAAAAAAAAAAAAAAAAAACAAGGAAAAAGGAUAGAGAGAGUGAGAAGGAAGGAAGGAAAAAUGCAAACCCAGGUUCAACAGUGUUAAAAGGAAAAAAAAGAAGAAGAAAAAAGCGGGUACUAGUCUGAACUGUUUGAAAGUUUUUUUUUGUUUUGUUUUGUUUUUUAAAACUGGCAUCUGAAGCAAAACAUUGAAGGCCUUUAUCUUACAUUUCACCUACACAUAGUGUGAGAUAGACAAGAAGCAAGUUAAAGAAAAAAAAAAACCUUUUAAAAAUAAACACUGGAAGAAAUUUGUUAGUGUUACUAUGUGAAAGGAAAAAAACAGGAAAAUCCCAUGAAGUGGAGUUGCUGUAUCUGUCCCGUGCCUUACUUGAUCUCUCUGUAUUGUUACGCAAUAGGCAUCCUACCCAUUCCUCUUAGUUGUAGAGUUAACAGUGCAUUAUUUAUUUGUGUGUAAAAAACUAUCAAAUGGACAUUUCCAUAUUGCCAUUGGAAAAAAAGAACCAGCAAAUGUGGACAAAAUGGAGACCAAAUAAGCUGCCAGAAAUACAUAUAAAGCCUAAAGGAACACAAGCUCAAAAGAUUCUGAGAAGUAAUGGUUAGUUUAGUUGGAUUUAAGUAGAAAUCAGUUACUACAUUAUUGAGAAACUUUGCCUUUAAAAUACCGUAUUUUUCAUGCCAGCUGCCUAGAGAGGCUUCUUGUAAGGUCUCAAACCCUUGUUUUAAAUACUGAAUAACUUACUAAUAAAGGACACUGUUUCAGUCUGAAAGACAAGUCUAUAAGAUUUUUUUUAACUGUAAAUGAUUUAAAAUGUCAGUUUAGUAAACCAGUGAAAUAUUUAACAUGUACUGGUCUAAUCUUCAGACCUUAAUACGUUGCUGUAUAGCUAUGCUAUGGGAUUUUUUUGUUCUUUUGGUAUAUGUAACCAUACCUAGAGUAUUACAAUAGGUGGGUAGUAAAAGCCAGCUUAAUUGGAAACAUAUCUGUAGAUCUCUAUUUGUAAACUAUUAAAAAAUUAAGUACUUUAUGUGUAAUGUGUAAAUUUUCACCAUAUUUUUGUACUCUGUAAUACUGUCAGCUCUCAUGAGUUUGAAUUUGAAUUUGGGGCUCUUUUUGAUCACUCAGAAUCAUGUGUUUCCCUCUAGCUGGCCAGUAUGAGUAGAGUCCCUAUAUUUUGACUUGCACUACAAAUACAUGUUUUAUAAUAAUUGCUAUACAUGUGCUUUGUAUAUUGUUCAUCAUUAUGACAUAAGCUACCUGACUCCAUUUGGUUUUUUGUUUUAUAAAAAGGAUGGAUUAAAGCACUCUUUCCUCCCCUCCUUCUCUCCCUCCUCGCCCAUCCCCAUUUUUAUUUUUUCUUUUGGCGAUAGACAUUUGAACAGAUGGGCAGGGAGUGAGGUGUUGCAAGAAGAGAUGUCCCAGCCUGGCUGAGGCAAGGCAAAGCCUUGCAGAGGGUGACAUCCACAGCUGUGCAGAAGGCUGGUACGAAGCAUCUGCCUCAGUGAUGCCCUUGCAUGGGGUGUGCAUGGGAGCAGUCCGUGUUGAGCUCACACGCAGCAGGGAUUUGCCCUGCUGUUAGUCCGUGGGAUUGAUCCUGCUCCCAGGUAACAGAGGCUUGCCUUUAACUUCUGCAGAGACACAGCAGAAUUUGCAGGGUCAGACCCUUGAUUUUGUGAGUUUUUAAACUGAGUUCACAUUAAAACUUUUUAUUAUUUUUAUUUUUUAAAGGGAAAAAGAAAUAUGGGGUCACUGUGGCUUUGUUGUUGUUACGCAUUUGAAUAUUGUAGAGGGAGUUGAAAAAACAUCCAUAACAUACAACUAAUUUUAAAAAAAGUUUAAAUUGGCAAAAAAGAAAUCCUGAAGGUGAUGCAUUCAGUUCAUUUCACGUGAUGAAGGGUUUUGCAUGGCAAAGCUUGAAAACUGUUAGAAUGACAUUUUCUGUCAUUGACCUGAGCGGUGUCAGGAGAGCGUUCCUGAGCUUUAUCUUGUCAGCUCCAGUUUUGAGAUGUGCAAUUUCUUUGACUUCAGCAGAACACUGAUGCAAAGCUGAAGUACCACAGCGGCUUGCACCUGCCGCUCCUUGGGACUUUGGUAGAGCCUACGCUUAUUGCCUAGAUGGACACAUAGCCCCACAGAUGAUCUAAUCUCACCCACUGACUCAGUGCUGAGGAGGAGGUACAUUAGACUUCUGAUUUAUUUAGUGAGUUGAGAUGAACAAGUGAAAAAUCUGUCCUGCUAACACUUGCUUGAGCCAGACUUACUCCAAUGAGAAGAUGCACUGAACUCAGUGAAACUCCUCAGGGUAGUAAAUACUCUGGAUUUUGCUGUAUACAACAGCAAAAUUAGUUUUAUCAGGUUCAGUAUGAGACCUGUAUUUUUGUUGGACAGGAAGGGAGACAAAGAUGAAUACAUUUCAAAAAACUUAAAAACAUUUUUUGCAAUUCCCUGCUAUGGGAAUGUAAAUCAAAGUGGAUUUGAAGCUUUGAAAAAGUGGAAUACAUGAUAAUGUACUUGUCCAACUGUACUCACUAUUGCGCUGGACGCAGCUGAAAAUUUUGGUUUGGGUUUGGAUUUUUUUCUCUAAAUUUAAAUAUAAAGCCUUAUUUCUGUAGAGCAUUACCCCCAAGAUCAGAUACUUUUUUUUUUACUUCUUUUUUCCUCCAAAUGCACUGAUAGUAUUUGAAAUACUCUAUUAUAAAGCUCCUACAACUUUUUUUCCUCCCUCUGGUUUAUUAGGCACGUAUUCCCUGUAAUUACCAAGAAUGUUAGACCUGAUCCUACAAUGUGCAGAACUCAAGGGUGAAAUUCCCCUCUACAGAGUGGGGUAAUGUGAGGCCAAAUACCACUCAGGUCUGAUGUAGAUCCCCCCACCGCCAUUGAAUGAUGUUUUAGAUGGGACUGCACUAGUUCAGAGACUGUCUGCCAGAGGCCUUACCAUGAGAUAGUUGCCGCUGUCUCAGCAAAGUCCCUGAGCACUGGUGAUGCCCAGCACCUGGCAGGAAAUGUUCAGCACCUUGAAAGGUCUGACCCAAAGGAGCUGUGUGGAGCCAGGGUAAGGGGUGGGGAGUCAGGAGGGGCGGGUUGUAGCACUUAGCUGGGUGGGUUAGGACAGCAUUUUUUAUGUGUUUAGCGACAAUACAAUUGUAUGGUUGGCAUGGCUUAAAGGAAAAAAAAAAAAAAAAAGGAACUUAAAGGACAGCUGUGUUGUACUUUGGUGAUCGAUUACUCUGUAUUUUAACACAUUGUAUGUCUGUUUUUGUGGUGCUCUAGUGGUAAAUAAAUUAUUUCAAUUAUA